AUGCGCAAAAAUCCGUACCUGGCGCAUUACUUCGGCACUGCAUUAGACUCCAGCGUCGAGGAGGAAAGGGGAUGCGCGAGGAAAAAUUUCUCUAUAUUUCCAAAUUCGGCGCACAUGACACAGCGAGUUUUCUGUCCAUCAUCGCAAGCGUCGCGUAGGUCGGAGCAGGCGAAUGCUCCCUGUACACCCGUCUGCACACCACCCUCGAAUGGUACACCCGGUUGCCGAAUAUCGGGGGUGGUUACAGGCAAUGGGUUCCCGUCGUCACCGCCCGACGGCGUGAGGGAACUUCCGCCCCUUUCCCCCGCUUGCUCGCUGCGCCCCACGCCUGUGGAAGGGCACCCGGGGUGGUUAACAUUAUCGCACAGCGACGUGCCAGCAGCACGCGCGGACCCCCCGACUAAUAGUACACCCAAAAGCCCGAAGCAAGCGAGGCACUCGAUGAUGAAUGGAGAGGCACCUGCCUGGGACUCAAUGCUUGUGAAGUCCCGUGCCGCUAUAGCGCAGGCGAAGCAGCUGCUAGAUGGUGAAAAGCCUCAGACACCUUUAGGAAUAGACACUUCGUCACACCCGAAUUUACCGUUGUCGCAGUGGGUGUCACUCGACGCCCCAAAUGGAUUUUUGGAUGCUACUUCACUCAAAGCGGAGAGCGUUUCGGUAGAAUCGACACCGGUAGUGGCAACACAGGAGCAGAAGCAGCCAGAAAAAGAGGAUGUAAAUGUGAUGCCGAGUCCCAUUUCCUCCGUCCCACCUAGUUCUGUUGAUCACACCCACGCCAAUGUCUCCACCUUGCAGCAGCAGCUCACGUCAACUCCAAUCAGCUCGGUGCCACCGCGGCAGCCGGCGGUCGAGGCGCGACACGCGGAAGAUGAUGAGAAUGUCAUUCUAAGCCCCACAUCAUCCGGCGUCCCGCGAAGCUCUCUCGAGCGUUCCCUUCCGGACGUGCCCGCCCUGCGGCCGGCUGCGUCGGCGUCAUUGGAGACGAGGUGCAUCGUGCUUACGCUGAACCCAAAUGCAGCGACGUGUGCGGCGAAGCGGUUGACGAGGCGGCCGCCGUAUGCAACUGCAAUGCUUCAUAGAAACCACCGCGCAGCGACAAGGGAGGAGGAGGUGCGUAUGCUGCAGCAGGAGCAGGAGCAGCAGACAGCUCCCAUUGUAGUUUCCACUGUGACACCCACGUCAGAACCGCGCACUGGACGCAAACGGUCCAAGUCCACGGAUAGGAAGCCGAAGGAGAGCGUCAUCUCAGUCGACUCCCUCUACGGUAUCCUUGAGAGACUAGCUUAUGUUGUGCAUCCGCGGCCUUUGGGCGACUCAGUUGGUUCCAAUAGUAAGAAGGCAGGCCUAGAUGUGUCGAAUGACCGCCACCGAAGCCUCCAUGCCUCAAUAGAGACCCAGCACGAGGGUGGGGUGCAGCGCAGGGGACGUUCUGUGGGGCAACCCGUUCCAGCGCCGCAAGUCCUGAUGGGGAGUGCCCCUCGACUGGACGCAAACGAAACCCUCUUGAAUAGCCACCGCGAUUCACUGAACGCUGCAACGUUGUCAACCUCGCAACUCCCGGAGGUUGGCGUCAGCUUGCACGGUGCUGUACAUCAGCGGACGUCGGGCUCAAGGCGGUCGAGCGUCAACCGCGCACCGAGGAUGCCGGGGUACGCGAUGCCUACAGAGUGUUGGCUUUACAAGGGGGCAGAGGUCGGUGAUGCGCACGUUGACACAAGUCGCAAUUUAGACGGAACCAGGGUGAAAGCAACGUCACGCUGA